AUGGGGCUGCUGAAGACCCUGGUAAUCCUGCAAGCCAUCUACAUCGGCACUUGCAUGGAACAGCUGGACAUCAUAUACGAAUGGAAGGAGCUGGACUUCGCGUAUCCCACUCCUGAAGCGAGACAGGCCGCCCUGGAUUCUGGUGCGUUCGUUCCGGGGAAUACCAUCCCCAUGGGUCUUGAGGUCCAUGGACAGAAGCUGUUCAUCACAGUGCCACGGUGGCGAAACGGAGUACCUGCCUCGCUUACCUAUAUAGACUUAAAAGAUAACUCGACAAACUCUCCAGUAUUGAUCCCUUACCCCAACUGGGAAGCGCAUGACUUGUUGAAAGGCAAGCCAGAAAUCGUAUCUCCAUUCAGAGUAAGAGCUGACAAAUGCAACCGGCUUUGGGUCUUGGAUAACGGCAAAAUUGGUAGUCUGGAGAACGACACAGUCAAGUACCCACCGGCGCUGCUGAUCUACGACCUCCUGAAUGACAACCUUCUGAGGAAAUACUCAUUCCCUGAUGAUCAGGUUAAGGAAGAUUCGGGCUUCGCAAACAUAGCUGUAGAAGACACUGAUUGCGAGGACACAUACGCGUAUUCAGGUGAUUUGGGUAAAGCUGGCAUCGUGGUUUAUUCGUGGAAGAAGAACGAGACCUGGAGGAUCACCCACCACUACUUCCAUCCUGACCCUACCGCGUGCGACUUCAGCGUAAAGGGCCAUAAUUUCAGCUGGACGGACGCCAUCUUCGGACUCAGUUUAUCAGCGCCCAACGCUGACAACUUCAGCACCCUCUACUUCCACCCAAUGGCAAGUUACAACGAGUUCGCCGUCUCCACAGAGUAUUUAAGAAACCAGUCGAUAGCUGAUGCUAAUUUUAACGCCUUCAAAUUGCUCGGCAGUCGAGGUCCAAACGCACAAUCCAGCGCUUCCUUCAUCGAUCCAAAAACAGGUGUCCUUUUUUACUCCCUGGUCAAUCUGAACGCUGUAGCGUGUUGGAGGACGACCAACAAAGAGUACAUAAUGAAGAACCAGGGUAGAAUAUACAUGGAUGACGUCAAGAUGAUAUACCCGACCGAUAUAAAAGUUGAUUACGAUGAGAAUUUGUGGAUCCUGUCGAAUAGGAUGCCAAUUUGGAUGUACGGGAAACUGGAUCCUAGCGAGGUGAACUUUAGGGUGUUUUCAGCGCCAGUUCUGAAUGCGAUCAGUCACACGGCUUGCGAUGUCACGCGCAGGUCUGAUAUCCUAGAUAAGUUUGUUAAUAAGAUUAAGAAUGUCAGCAACGAGAUAGCAGCAAAGGUGGCGCCAUCUGGUGCUGUAAUGCCUUCGAGCUGUUUAGCUCUGAAAUUAGAAGCACCAGCUCCUUUUCCAGACGUUGUCGAUGUAGAAAAUUUACCACCUCGCACUCCAUUAAGGCAAAUGGCUCCCGAGACGCCUCAGUCAUCGACACCGAGGCAAGAACAAACAAAUGAUCAUACCAAAAAGAUCCUCCAACAUGUUUUACAGAAUGAGGAAUACCAGUUAGCAAAGAGCUGUCUAAUAAGAACAACGUUGUCGCGCAUGCCACCAGGACCAAGAGACUGCUAUGAGGAUGUGUCACAAAUGCAGCAAGUGGUACCACGAGGAGAGGAGAAGGUGGACCACGUAGCUCGUAUCCGCCAACAGUGCGUGGACUGCUUCAAAGGGCCGAACCUCUUCAAAACUAUCGUCGUCUUGGUCUGCAUCACUAUUGUCGUUUAUCAGGUUAUCUCGUGUAUUCAAAAGUUGACAAAUAUUCCGAUAACGACUCACUCUCACUUCGACUUCAACAAGACAAUCGCUUACCCGAGCGUCACUUUUUGUCGGGAACCACCUUACAAGACAGCUAAACUCGAGGAGUACGGACUAUCAUCACACCCUCGCUUCACUUCCACCUGGAGGGAGUUCGACUUCUCCAAAAUCUCCCUGGAUGAUCUCUGGGAAGAGAUAACAUACAACCAAAGUGACUUUUUCGUGCAAUAUGGUUUGGAUUCCAACAAAGACAAUGUUGAAGUAACAUCCACCCUUGGUUUCGUGUAUGGCCGCUGUUUUACACUUACUCCACGUCGCAAGGACACGCAGGCGACGAAGGAACGAGGUUAUUCCAUCACCCUGCAGCACACGAGAGAUGAUAUUAAGACCACCACCAGCGUCACUCCACCGGGCUAUCAUGUGUUCGUGCAUUAUGAGAAAGAGCCGUACACAGAAGUAGAAGUGUACAAUGGUGGUCUGGUGGACUACCUGUACAUGAACACAGGGGAGACCCUGGAUGUUAAACUGACCGUCAACGAAUAUGCAAUGAUCAGCGAUGAUCUGACUCCGUGUACCAACGAGUUGAAUUACAGUGCUAACUAUUGUACAACCAAGUACGUUUCUGAUGAAGUCAGCAAAGAAGCGAAUUGUUCAGGGCCAUGGAUGGAUAGCACACUGCCGAGAUGCGACAACUAUAGAAGCUUACGUUCAUUGAUAGCUGCAUAUAUAGACAAGUACAAGAACCACCAAUGCGACAGCUGUCCUCGUAUCUGCCGGUCCCUCCUCUACAGCGCUUUCGUUGCCGACCGCCAAAAGUUCUACUUCUGGGACAGUAAAGCUAAAGCCUGGUCAUAUACUGCAACCGAUGCCAACCUGCAAACACAGAUAUACAUACACUUCAACAAUAUGAUGGUGACAGUGUUCGAGGAGAAAUACAAUUACGACUGGAAUCUCUUUCUUUCCGACCUCGGCGGCAGUGUGGGUUUUCUCCUGGGCCUGUCCGUGAUUGGUCUCAUCGGUAUUUUGGGCAACAUCUGGUCUAACAUACUACGUCCAUUGAUCUGCCGAAACCGUCAAAUAAGGACGCCUGCGACGAUUUCCCUUCAAGGAAGCCCGUUGAAGAAUCGUUAUUAA